UUCCUAUGAAAGAUAUAAAAGAAAGUGGACAAGUCCCGGGAAGUAUUGUCAUCAAGCAUCUUUUGGACCACCUUGCUUGUGUGAGGAUUACAGAAGAUUGCGGAUACUUUCUCAGAAUAACAAAAGUGAAAAGCAUAGGCAAUGGAAAGAUGUACCAAGAGAAAUACCAAAAGAUAACAACGUCCUCAUUGAAGUUCUUCCGAUAUCAUGCCAUCAAGGGGACAAUGUGACUGCUUCAGCAGAAAACAAAGCUUCGAGUGACAUUGCAUGUAGCAAAGCAAAUGAUGGGCUGAACUCCACGGACUCAUUGUCUAGACUUAAAACCAGCAUUGGUGAGGAAAACAAUACCUGUCAUUCAUCUGAACGCGACACAGUUUAUGGCACGCCUAACAAAAAUCAGUCUCUUCAUAGUCUGUGGAUAACUAGAUUCUCAAACAGGACUCCCGGGACUACUGUUCUGAGUGCAGAUAAUCCCAAGCCAACUGCACAUGAAACACUAACAGUUUCCACGGAAUGCAGAAGGCCUAAUCCUCAAGCUCAAACGACUAGCUCACAUCCUAUUAUACCUUCUGCCAAGUUCAAGAUAUCCGAGGUGCUGGUCUCUCUAUUUUCCAGGAGAUUAGAUGCCCUUAAACACAUAGUACCAUCUUCAACUAGAGGUGAGUACACAAGAACAACUUGUUUCUUCUGCGGCAGAAGUGGCCACGACUUACGCAACUGUUCAGAGGUGACAGUGUCUGAGUUAGAAGUUCUUAUUAGAAACAUCAGGGCCUAUAAUGGGGCUGAGGAAUCUACUUGUCUGUGCAUUAGAUGUUUUCAAAUUGAUCAUUGGGCUAUUUCCUGCCCAACUUCAUCUCCAAACCGGAACAGGAAUGAUAAUUUGCAGCUCUUCACAGGCAAUGAAUAUUCAUCUAGCCUUGUGGAAAUAAAGCAAAGUCAGCGGAUUGAACUUGCUAAUCAUGCUUAUCACAGUAUAAAUCAGCUUGGAUUUGCAAGAACUUCUGGUUCCAAUCAAAUUCAGAAAAAGAGAACUUCUGAUCCUUUGGAGAACAGUUUUAAAGAAAGUAAAAUUUCUUCCAAUCUUGUUAGUAAGGAGAUAACAGAUGUCACGAAAGGAAUUUUUGAUGUCAUCAGGGGUCUCCGAUUAUGGAUGAACUCCAACACCUCACUAUCACAUUUGGAUGGGCUUUUCCUGCGUUUACGAUUAGGGAAGGGGGAAGCAGCGCGAGGAGGUACAGGAUACUAUGUUGCAUGCAUAACUGGCAAGGCUAAGCCAUCCGCCCUUACCAUGUUAUUAACCGAUCGAAACUUUAAUACAACCUUUUCUGAUCCUGCUGGAGGGGGAGACCUUAUAUUAUACCAGCAUCUCUUUUGGUUCUUCGGUCAUCCAGAGGUGUAUAUUCCCAUUCUGCCUGGAUUCGGUAUCAUAAGUCAUAUCGAAUCAGUAAAUGAUGAACUAACUACUUGGUGGCGCAAAACGUUGGAGAGUGGUGGGAAGGUUCCUGCAGAAGAAGAUUUGAGACAAAAACUCGAGGAACGCAUGAAACUAGGGUUCUAA